AUGCCCUCUUUAACGCAAGUAUGGCUUCUGCCCGGUGCCGUCAUCUUGAUUGUCUGCCUUGCGGCCAAUUGGGUGGAGCGUGUAUCAGGUCUAGUGCCAGAGCCCUAUCUAGAUGAAUUUUUCCACGUCCCUCAGGCUCAGAAAUACUGCAAGGGGGACUACUCGUGGGAUCCAAAGAUUACAACACCACCUGGCCUAUAUCUAAUCUCGAAACUUUUCAAACCUCUCUUGGGUUGCGAAACGCGGGCCUUGCGUAUUCAGAACGCUGUUGCUCUUUGUGCUAUCCUGGCCCUGAGCUAUCUCAUCCGACGCAUCCUACGGUUUCGCGCCAGCCCGGGCAAGCCUUUGCACGAAAGCAGAGAUGUUUCCAAGAAAGGUUCUUCCGUUGAAGAUCCGACCUUUGUCGACAUUCACACAGCCAUUAACAUUUGCCUAUUCUCUCCUCUCUUCUUCUUUUCUGGGCUGUACUACACCGAUGUCAUGUCUACGUUGGCCGUAUUGCUAGCUUAUACUGCGCACCUGGCGAGCUCACAAUCACCCUCAAGUUUCAUACACGGCGUCAGUGUUCUUGUAUCUGGGAUUUUCGCGCUCUUCUUUCGACAGACCAACAUUUUCUGGGUUGCUGUAUUUCCGGCCGGACUCGCCGUUGUAAACGCCUUGAAAGCGGAUGCACCUUCAACUACGUCGAGUACUCGCGAUAUCGCACAAGUGCUGCAAGAUAGUUGGGCCACGGGAAGAAUUGUCGAUCUACCCAUACAGCAUGCUGAACUCCAAGACGUCAUCAUCUUCCUCGCUUCCUUGAUAGUCGCUGCCCUGAGAAAACCUCUGCUUGUCCUUAGGGUUGCAGUGCCCUAUGUGAUUAUCCUAGCUCUGUUCGCUGGUUUCGUUGUCUGGAACGGCAGCGUUGUCCUAGGCGAUAAAUCAGCGCAUACAGCCACGAUACAUGUCCCGCAGAUGCUGUACAUCUGGCCCUACUUUGCGCUCUUCUCGAUUCCACUGCUCAUAGAACCACUGCUAAGUCUCUUUGUCCCGUUACUGCCAAAGAGAGCCCAAGUUACCUGCAACGAGGUCUUCAGCGCUUCCACUUAUGGCCGCCCAUCGCUUCUUGCAUCCGGCUUGUUCAUGACUGGAGCUAUACUCGCAGUCCACUUCAACACCAUCAUCCAUCCCUAUACCCUGGCUGACAAUAGACACUAUGUGUUCUACGUCUUCAAGCUACUUCGACUGUAUCCCGUAUUGCGAUAUCUCGCAGUGCCUGUUUACUUUGUCUGCGCAUGGCUGGUUGUUAGAGCUCUCGCCACGCCGACGGCACCUUCACCAGUGAAUAAAGGCGCAUCCAAGGACAAACGCCAAACUGAUACAACGCAGAACCCAACAGGCCGCGACCCUUGUCAAGUCAGCUUCGUCGUCAUCUGGCUGGCCGCAACUACACUGUCGGUAGUCACAGCGCCUCUGGUAGAGCCGCGUUACUUUAUCCUCCCGUGGGUCAUCUGGCGAUUGCAUGUCCCCACCUCAUCGACCAGAAAGGCAUCAUUUGAUGUACGCAUGAUUGUGGAGACGAUAUGGCUUCUCACAAUCAAUCUGGCUGUGGCAUACAUGUUUCUCUACCGGACUUUUACGUGGACGAACGAACCUGGGAAACUGCAGCGCUUUAUCUGGUAGAACCGCCAGUGCGUCGGAUGUUGGCGUUGAUUGCUCUAGGAUGGCAGGGCAAUGAUGGAAUCGAUGUAUUUUCGACCUUCGUUCUAUUCUACUUGUACGAUCUGUUCGCAGAUGUCUUUGUAGUUAAGCACUUGGUAGUCAUGGGGGCUCGCCUUUUGCAAUCUGUAAUAUUAGACUUGCC